AUGCGGGCUGCUCCAAUUGCUGUCUUGGUUUCCCUUUUCUCGAGCACUAUUGCCCAGACAUUCCAGCGCCUGGGUGGUUGCCCUGACUUGGGAUGUGUGUUUCCACCAGAUCAGGCAGAUUUCCUUGCUGGUCAAUAUUUUGAUAUUAGGCUCGAAGUACAUUCGCCUAUCAAUGGCUCUGAGCAGCGUAUUGGAGGACCGGAUGAAAACUUUACGUUUACCAUCACAAAGAAAGGCGGUAAGCCUAUUCCAGCAACCAAGUUCUUCAAUGUCGAGGAACCAAAGCUCGAAGGGUGGAACUUUACAUGGUACGAAGAUCUGUUUGCGCAAGACAUGAACAAGCCUUCAAUGGUCAAUGUUACAGCCAAAGCAUUCCGCAGAGUUGCUUUGUAUGAGCCGGGUGAAUACGAAGCAACUUUGACCUACUAUGGGACUCAGAAAACCGUGGCGAACUGGCUCAUUCGUGAUCUCCCCACAAAGCGCCGAGCGAAGAACGUCAUCCUGUUCAUAGGCGAUGGCAUGACGACAAACAUGAUUACUGCUGCGCGUCUGAUUGCUCACCGCAGCAUCAACGGCAAGUACAUGACAAAAAUGGCACUGGACAAGUUCCCUGUGCUUGGACACCAGAUGACCCAUUCGAUGGACUCGUUCAUUACCGAUUCAGCCAACUCCGCCACUGCCCUCUACUCGGGCCAUAAGACCACCGUCAAUGCCUUGAAUGUCUAUGUCGACUCCUCCAGUGAUCCGUUCGAUGACCCCAAAUUUGAGACCAUUUCGGAAAUCUUCCGCCGUCGUCACCCGCACGCCGGUGUCGGAAUUGUCUCCACCGCGUUCUUGGCAGAUGCCACCCCUGCUGGACUAGCGGCUCAUACUAGUGAUCGUGGAGAGUAUGACCAUGUCAUCAGCGCUUAUUAUGAAGGUCUGACCAAGUAUAAGUGGACAGACUGGGAUGGUCCUGAUGUUCUCCUUGGCGCUGGCGCAGAAGACUUCCUUGAAAGCGAAGACAACCAACGCGAUUAUUACAAGCUGUUCUCCGAGAAGGGGUACAACGUUGCUUGGAACAACAGCGCACUGAAAGAUGCGCCAGUAGAUGAGAAACUAUUGGGUGUCUUCUCAACUUCGAAUCUCGCUACCUGGUUGGACCGCAAUGUCUACCAAGCCAACCUUCACAACCAGAGUAAUUAUCCUGAUGGUUCGAAGCGUGAUGCAGAGGACUUGCCCGGGCUCAAAGAUAUGACUCUGAAGGCAAUCGACGUCCUCCAUGAGCGACACGGUGACCAAGGAUGGUUCCUCAUGUCUGAGGCCGCCAGUAUUGACAAGCAGAUGCAUACACUGGACUAUGACCGGUCCUUGGGUGAGCUUUUGGAGCUUGAUGAUACUGUUCGUGCGACGAUUGAACGCCUGAAGCGACUGGGAGAGCUGGAUGACACUCUCAUUAUCGUCACAGCUGACCAUGGCCACGGAUUUGAUGUCACCGGCUCUGUCGACACUGAGUACAUGGAUGCGCAAGAGGAUGAUCGCGACAAGCGCAAGGCCGUUGGCUACUAUAAGGACUCCGGGCUAUCGCAAUAUACCGUGGGCGGUGCAAAUGCUUUGCGAUACUCGGAAGGCGUUCACUUCCCGCAACGCUGGGAUCCGCGUUAUACACUUCACUCAGGCGUUGUUGCCUUCCCCGAUCAUCGCGAAAAUUACCAGGUUCACAGUGAAGGCCCACGCACCCCUGCCACUACCUCAAAAGACAACAAGAAGAAUGGGUACUAUGCUUCCUACAAGGAUGCAGUCACUGGAUUCUUGGUCAACGGAACAUUGCCAGUUGACGCGGGUCAGGGAGUCCACUCAUUGACUGACGUUCCCGUGUUUGCACAGGGUCCAUGCCAAGAGUUGUUUGGUGGAGUCUACAACUCUAUUGAUAUUUUCUUCAAUAUGGCAGAAUGCUUGGGAUUGUCAGAGACAAAGCACAAUGGCCACCCUCAUGGCGGAAAGAACUAG